AUGACUCUCUAUAUAGCGGCUAUGCUAUAUGUGUUUCUCGGAAUAGCAAUGGCUAGCGACGUUUUCAUGUCUUCGAUCGAAAGGAUCACAGCAAGGAAAAGGAAGAUAUCUGUAUAUGAUGAUCUCACCGGCAAGGCAGUUGAGCGUGAAAUAUUUGUUUGGAAUGAGACUGUGGCUAACCUCACCUUAAUGGCUCUUGGAUCUUCAGCUCCAGAAAUUCUCCUAUCGGUAGUAGAAUCGAUUUCAAAGCUCAAAAGCAUUGACGAAGGCGUACACGAGGACAGCCUAGGACUUUUUACAAUAAUUGGAUCGGCUGCUUUCAACCUUAUGAUAAUAUCAAGCAUUUGUAUAGUAUCAGUUCCUUCGCCAAACCCCAAAAGGAUUAAGGAAUUUAGUGUUUUUAUAAUGACAAGUGCCUUCUCCAUAUUUGCGUAUAUCUGGAUGCUCCUGACUUUAGUGCUUAUUAGCCCUCAAGUCAUAGAACUAUGGGAAGCUGUUCUUACACUUGCCUUUUUCCCCAUAAUGGUUCUUUGUGCGUUCGCGCAAGAUAAUAACUGGUGGUUAGAUACAUUAAAAAAUAAGAAAAUGAUUAACGUAAAUUCAAAGAAUGCGGUGAAUGGAUUGAAGGAAAAUGCAAAUGAUCAGGUGACACAAGUGAGUAAUAUAUUUCAACAUAUAUUUCAUUUGGAUCUAUUAAAGUUAAUAGGCAGUUUUAUUAUACUUUUGUCUCUUACAACCUCUCUGAUUAAUAUGAGAAUUCUUUUACAUUGA